UUGUAAGGUCAGAAUGCAGAAUAGUUAUCUAUUUCUUUCACUUUGUUUACUCCACAAUUCACUCUCAUUUUAGUGUAAACCCGUAGCCCUCUUUUCAGUGGAGUAGAGAGAAACCCUUGCCUGCAAGUUGUGGUUAAAACUCGCCUAUUGUACCAGGUUGAACGGGGGUUAAAACGAGCAAAAUAAAGACGUGCACAAUGGCAGAAAAGGAGAAGGUGUAUCGCAGUGUCUCUUUCAAAAAGUUAGGUUGUAGCGCGAACAAAAGUUGCUGUGAAGAACAACUAAACAAAACAACGAAUUUGGAGGGUAGUAGCAGCGCCCUUCCCCCUCCAUCUACAGCAGCGGCCGAGAAAGUGCAGCCCUCGGCUAUGCGUAAUGUUAGUGUGUCAAGGAAAGUUUCCAAAAUCUCCGCUGCCAGCCUCCCAACCGCAGAGCUAAAGAAAUGCUCUUCCACUCCUCUCUCCUCCAUUUCUCCCUCUAUUCGCCAACUCACAGAGAAGUUCAGUAGCACUAAUUCGUCUCGAACGCAUGGAGCUCCGAGCCCUGGCAGUAACGUUGCCGGAAAAAGCACAACUUUACCCAGGGUUAAAAGCAACAGGGGAGAAGGGUCUCCAUCACGGAAAUCAUUCCAUGAGGACAGUGGAUAUUUACAAGUUACUGACACGGUUUUAACAGUGUCUCCGAAUGACACUAAAGUUUACGAACAUAAGUUUUAUUCGGGCACAGACUCGGUCUCUGGAUCGGAUUCGGAGAGAAAUCAGAAAUGGAUGUAUACUCGCAAAUCUCCUCAAGGCAGCGUUGGGACUGGUAAAAUAGAUUAUUCCCACAUUGAUCCGUCUGUCUCUUAUAACAACACUGAGGAUUACGUUUUUGUCAGUGGGGCGCCUGCCUGCAAGUCACACAGGAGCUACUUCCCAAGUCACCAUGGAGAUCCUCCUGUUCACGUUGACCUAACCUACUGGCCCAGUGUCACCAAGAUCAGAGAGCUUUUUGAUGCAGAGGAUUUAAAGUGUUCUAACCAGAGCCAGCCCUCCACCAGCUCUAAAGACAACUCUUUAGCAGACAUAACCGACAGGCAGUCUCCCAACAGCCCAACCCCUGAAGCCACUAGCCUCUCACUGUCAGACAGACACCUCAGCAGGGCUGCCUCCCUGGGCAGAGAGAGGAGACACCAGGGCAUGGACUCAGCCUUUCACGCUGACCAGCACUACUCAGACGACGCAGAGAUUGAGCCAGCCAGCGCUAGUAUUAGUAGAAGUGGUAGGUUUCUUAGGGUGGCGCAGCCAUCAAACACACACAGAGCCCACAGCCCCAGCAGUGGAGGAGAGGGGCCUGAGACCUGGACUUCUAGUCUGAACUCUGACCCUCCACCCUCUGUCCUCACCGCUGCACCUGCCCCCCCACCUCGGAGCAACUCCAGGGGCCUCUCCUCCUCCCGUGUCCGCCCCUCUGGAGAGCAGAGGCAAAGCCAGGGGGCCGGGCAGCCCAGGGACAGUUUGCAUUCCUCACAUAGCUCCUCCAGACCGGUGGCCCCCUCCUCCGAUAGAGCCUCAGCCAGGGCAGCCAUCACAGCCCGCUGGAGGUUCAGCUCAGGAGACGAAGAAGAGGACUACCACCACCGAGCAGGAGGAAGGAGCCCUCAAUCGUUAGGUGUCAGUGGAGGUUACCUCUCCCGCGGUAAGAAUGGCUGGUGGGGUGGUAAGGUCCUCGGCAGGUCUUCAGGCAGUGAGGAGGACAGCCCUGCUUCACUAGGACCCAGCAGAGACACCGUGAGACGCCGCUCACUGAGAAAAAAGAAGAACAACGAGGUUGCCGUAGCUACGGGGCGAGACGAUGGCGAGUCAGACGACAGUGACGACGAGCAGACGGGUAUGAUGGAACACCUUGAGAGACACCAACAGAACAUCACCGCAGAACAGACUGGGAGCUCCCGGAACCGGCUCAGAGAACCCAAAGCCUCUAGCACCUGUGCAGCACAGUGGGGAUGCAAUUCCACUCCUAACCAGAUGGGAGCUCAGGGGAGCUACAGACGCAAAUACACAUCAGUUGGGGCGGGGACAUCUCGCAUGACCACACCCCUCUCAGGGGUGUCGCGGGUGUCAAAGGUCAACAUUUCGUCAUUUAUUUCGAGUCCCGGUGGCUCGCAGAGCAGCAGUAGAUACUGUAGCACCGAGACGCUGAAAGAAGAGGACCAAGCUAGCUAUGCUAACAGAAGGGUGAACUGUAAUGUUACUACCCCAGGCAGUGUGGUUGGUGCUUCCUCUUCCAUGCUCAGUAAGACCUACCACGGUAACUUCACCAUGUACCGCUCCCCCAGCUUUGGACACGGGGAUACCUUUUACCCCGCCCCUGUUAGAGGCCAACCCCACAUUCUUCCCCCUGUCAAUCCCCCAUCCCCAGCCACAGGGGACACUGGAGGGGUUGCUAGGGAGGAGACUACAGUGUUCCGUCGGUUGCUAAGUGGUGGCGUUGUCGGUGAUAAGGACAAGAACAGGAUGUCAAUGUCAAACCCGGACAUAGCCUCAGAAACUAUGUCUCUCCUUAGCUUCCUGAAAAGUGACCUAUCAGAUCUCAGAGUUCGAAAGACGGACAGGUCAGGGGUUACUGAGGGGUCAUCUACGGUGUACAGGAUGGGGUCAAGAGGCCUCUACCCAGGACUCCGCCCUUCAUUAAAGGACCUCACUGCGACUCUCAGACGUGCCAAAUCCUUCACUAACUCCGAUAAACCAGUAGGGAGACAACAUCCAGCCAGCUCCUCGGCUAAAAGAAGCUCUUCUGAGCAAUGUCUGGAUCAAGACGAAGAGAGGGAUGGAGGGAAGGGGGCGGUGCCUGACAGAGAGGUGGAGAGUGAUGGAGGAGACUGCAGAGCAGGGGGUUAUGGGUAUGAGGAUGUGAUGCCCACUCCGUUGCAGGACCGGUAUGUCCAGGAGGCCAGACAGGUAAUCAGAGAUAUCUGCCAGAUGAGCGCUCUCGAGGAUGUUGACAAUGAUGAUGAUGAUGAUGUGCUAGCAACAGAUGGCACUGAAGACGAGGAUUUCAAAAGAAAAGAAGUGGAGGAGCAGGAGAUAAAAGAGGGUGAGGGAGGUGAAUUAAAAGAUGAGAGGAGAGCUAGAGAAGCUGAGGUUGCUGUUUCAGGGGAAAAAGAGAGGAGGGAGUGUGAAAACAGAGAAAGAGAGAAGUUCCAACAGAAGGGAGAUUCUGAGGAGAACGUUUUUUAUGACCGAUCUGUUGAUGAGCUAUCGGGUCAUGAGUCGAGCCUCACUGAUGAGGGCAUAGUCACAGAACCAGAGGCUGGACUGGGUGACUCUGAGAGGUUAUUUGUCAGGUCAAGUUUAGGAUCAUCGUUGGCCAGAGAUGUGCUGGGUCAACCCCUGACCAUCUGGAAGCAGUCUGCUCUGCAUGAGGAGGAAUGGCCAGGGUUACAUGAGGGAAUGCGAGAGGGAUCAGGGUUAAACGAGGGAAUGCGAGAGGGAUCAGGGUUAAGCGAGGGAAUGCGAGAGGGUUCAGGGUUAAGCGAGGGAAUGCGAGAGGGAUCAGGGUUACACGAGGGAAUGCGAGAAGGAUCAGGGUUAAACGAGGGAAUGCGAGAGGGAUCAGGGUUAAACGGAGGAGCGAGAGAGAAACGAGAGAACCCUGUCUCUGUUCCUGCCCUUGGGGUUGAGAGUGAGAGCAUUGCUGUAGUAACAGAGAUGAGCGGCGUCAAUAACAACAACAGUACUAGCAGGAGGGCCAAUGUAUCCCAGAGUGCCUCAGUCCCAGGACUUGAGGCUCCUCCCACUCCGAGUGCUAUACGCCGCCGCCGUAAGUUCUCCUCAACCGGGAACGCGGGCUCUGACUCCAGCAACGGCAGCACCGGGGAGUCCAACGGGAACGGGGAUGUUUACCGUUCGCUAAGCGACCCCAUGCCUCACCGGCGCCACUCUGUGUCAGAAGAAGGGAAUAACAGCUUCUCUGUGGAUAGUAACCUGCUGGGGUCUCUCUCUCUCUCCUCCAAGGGGGCAGGAGGAGUCGGAGGAGGAAGUGUCCCAGAGUCGUCCUCUGCAGCUGAUCUAUCAGAAUGCACGGGCAGCGUGGCUAGCGACCUAUCGCUGUGCAGUGAUGGUGGUCUCCGUGACGACUACAGCAAUGUGAUCCGGAACAUUGUUGCGGAGCCAGGAGCGAUGGACAGACUGAUGACGGAUGACAAGAACAACGGAAAAGCCACGAAGAAGAAGUCCUUCUCUGACCCCAGUCGCCGAGGUGACGGCCCCCUGCUUGAUGAACCAGGGUUCAAAAGUCACUAUCACCCUAAAGAACCAGUCAGUGAGCUGGAUCAGCCUGGUCAGAUCCCGCCCUCCAGCAGUGAGCCAAUCCUGAGUGAGCAGAGAGAUGAGCUGUGGGAGCUCGGAGAUGAAUGUGGACACCCAUUACUUAGUCGUCAUGGCAACAAUGAAGUCAGGAAAUUCCGCUCCCAAUCAGAAAGGGAGGUGCACUCCUGUCUCCAUAGUGAUGACACAGACAGAGUGGGAGGAGGGGAGAUAUUGAACUCUGACCUCAAAUUAGCGGAGCUUGUGUCUCCCGGAAUGGGCCGGCGGACCAACAGGAAACGCCCCAACUGGGUCACCCAAUCAGCAUCAGAGGAGCCGGACCACUUGGAACCAGGUCCAGAGGACCAGGAUCAAGACCAGACUGAUCUCACCCCCCCAUUGCCUCUGGUCCCCCCCAAACCCAAAACUAGGUCCAAGCACGUCCGCCACGCCAGCGAACCUGCCACCUUCAUCCCCAUCUUCCCACCUCCACAGCCCCAGCGAGCCCAAGGGGAUCCGCCUUCCCUUCUACCUGCCUGUGAACCCUCCAUCCUGGGUAAGCCCACCAGUGAGGAGGCCCCCUCCCUGGAAGAUGUGACCAAGCGGUAUAUUCUGGCCCUGAAUGCUCCAGGGGGCGAGAGCGAGCCGUCUGGUUCUGAGUCUGGGUCUAGAGGAACGGUGCCUGUACCAGACGGGUCCAACUCCAGCCCUGCUACUCCCAGUGGUGCCAGAGAACCCAGACUGCAGAGGAAGAGCAGUGAGGAGCUGACCACACCAGCCCCACAGAGUGCCAAACCCAGAGUGGAUAUGAGAAGACAUGUCGUGAUGACCCUCCUGGACACUGAGCAGUCUUAUGUGGAGUCACUCCGGACACUCAUACAGGGCUAUAUGCGGCCUCUGAAACAGCCAGACAGUGGCUCCCUAGUUGAUCCCUCAUUGGUGGAUGAGAUGUUCUAUCAGAUUCCAGAGAUCCUGGAGCACCAUGAGCACUUCCUGGAACAGGUCACCGGCUGCAUUAGCCAAUGGCACGACAGACAGACCGUGGGCCAGUUGCUUAUCCAAUCGUUCUCCAAAGAGAUUCUUGCUAAUAUUUAUUCAGCAUACAUCGAUAACUUUCUGAACGCCAAAGACGCCGUGAGGAUCGCAAAGGAGGCCAAGCCGGCAUUCCUCAAGUUCCUGGAGACCAGUAUGCGUGAGAACAAGGAGAAGCAGGCCCUGGGUGAUCUGAUGAUCAAGCCUGUCCAGAGGAUCCCCCGUUAUGAGCUGCUGGUCAAGGAUCUGUUGAAGCACACUCCUGAGGAACAUCCAGACCACCCGUUGCUAUUGGACGCCCAGAGAGACAUCAAGCGAUUGGCUGAGAAGAUCAAUAAGGGGCGUCGCUCUGCGGAGGAGGUGGAGAGGGAGACACGCGUCAUGCAGGAGAUAGAAGCCCACAUCGAGGGCGUGGAACACGUCAGAGAUAUCCUUAACCCAAUGAGGAAGUUCCUGAGACAGGAGAUGGUGAUGGAGGCGAAGACCGUGGGGGGUAAGAAGGACCGCUCUCUCUUCCUCUUCAGUGAUCUGCUCAUCUGCACCACCCUCAAGAGGAAGUCUGGAUCCCUGAGACGCAGCUCCAUGAGCCUGUACUCUGUUGCCAGUGUGAUCGACACGUCCAGUAAAUAUAAAUUCCUGUGGAAACUUCCCCUAGAGGACGUGGAGAUGGUGAAAAACCCCUCCCAGGCAACCAACAAAGAGACCAUCCAGAAGAUGAUUGGUCGACUGGACGAGGACCUGAGUACACUGGGACAGAUCAGUAAACUUUCAGAGACGCUCAGCUUCCCUCACCAGUCUCUGGAUGAUGUGAUAAAGGACCUGAUGGCGUCGGUCCACAGGGAGCUUGCAGAGAAACAGUCUCUAGCCUUCAGUAUGAGCUUCCUGCCCACCAAGCUGGAGCUGACCACCGCCUCGGCAGAAACCAGCUUCGUCUUCGAGUUCAGCUCCCCAGACACACGCAGCAACUUCCAACAGGCCUUCGAAGAUGCCAAGAAGAAACUGGCAAUGAAUAAGGACCAGUGGGACCCAGAGUUCCUGAAGGCUAUCCCCAUUAUGAAGACUCGUAGUGGGAUGCAGUUCUCCUGUGCCUCCCCCAGCCACAGUUGUCCAGAGAGCAGCAGUGAGGUGUGGGUGUGUAACAGUGAUGGAUACGUGGGCCAGGUGUGUCUGCUCAACAUCAGAGACCAGCCCACUGUAGAGGCCUGUAUCGCUGUCUGCUCUGCUAGGAUCAUCUGCAUCGCCGCAGUCCCUGGACUCAAGGGGAGGGAACGUGGAGUGGAGCACUCCCCAGCCCCUCCCCCUGUAGCUGUUGACUCCACCCCAUCCCGGCAGCAGCAGCUACACAUCUCCAUCUCUCAUUCAUCGCUGGAGCUGACCGAGCCCCCUUCAGGGGCGGGGCCAGAGUUAGUUCCAUUUGAUAGUGAUGACACGGACGAUGAAGAUUCUCCUAGCCCCUCCUCCACUCUGCAGAGCCAAGCCAGUCACUCUACUGUGUCAUCCAGCUAUGGCAAUGAGGAGGGGUCUGGUUCUAAGGACAUGGCUACAGAGACCACCAGUAGUGAGGAGGAGCAGGACUACCCCGUGGCCAGUUCUUAUGGAGCUCCAGGCAGGCCAGGGGUGGGUGGAAUAGGUCGACCCCACAGCGAGAGCCCCAUGGACGGGAGAGCGAUGCGCCGCUCCUCCCGGGGAUCCUUCACUAGAGCCAGUCUGGAGGAUCUGCUCAGCAUUGACCCGGAGGCUUACCAGAGCUCUGUGUGGCUGGGCACAGAGGACGGAUGUAUCCAUGUGUACCAGUCAUCAGACAACAUCCGGAACCGUAAGAACAGCAUGAAGAUGCAGCAUUCUGCCCCCAUCCUGUGUAUUCUCUACCUGGACAACCAGGUGUUUGCGUCCCUGGCCAACGGAGAUGUGAUCGUCUACCAGAGGGAGGUGGGGAGUUUCUGGGACGCCCAGUCAUCUCAGACGUUGAGUCUUGGCACGCCCAGUAGUCCUGUCACUAAGAUGGUCCCGGUCGGAGGGAAGCUGUGGUGUGGUUCACAGAACCGCGUUCUCAUCAUCAACACAACCACACUGGUGCAAGAGCACUGGUUCCAGGUGGGCACAGACAGCAGUAGGUGUGUUACCUGCAUGGUGAGCUACGGCCAGGGAGUGUGGCUGGCGCUCCAGGGUAGUGCCCAGAUCAGACUUUACCACGCCCAGACCUGGGACAACCUGACGGAGGUGGACGUGGCCCCCGCCGUGCACAAGAUGCUUGCAGGUUCAGAUGCGAUCAUCCGGCAACACAAGGCAGCGUGUCUGAGGAUCACAGCUCUCCUGGCCUGUAAGGACCUGCUGUGGAUCGGGACCAGUGCAGGGGUGGUCCUGACCCUGUCUAUCCCAGCCGUCAGCUCUGGGACUGUGUCAGGGACGCUGCGGUCACCUCUGACCCCCAUGGGCUCCGCUCAUGGACACACUGGCCAUGUGAGGUUCCUCACCUCCAUAGAACUACCUGAAGGCUUCGACGUCAACUUCCCCCUUCCCGCCGAUACCACAGGCAACCCAGCCCAGAGUGGUGUUGAAGGGGGUAAUGGGGGUCUGCAGAGGCGAGAUUCCGCUCGCCGUCGAGCCUCCGCCCUCCUGCCCGUUAAAACCAAUCAGUUGGUGAUCUCCGGUGGCGAUGGCUAUGAGGACUUCCGGCUGACAAAUAGCAGUGAGACAGUGGGGCGGGACGACAGUACCAACCACUUACUGCUGUGGAGGGUCUGAGCCAAUCAGCCGGCCCCAUUUAUCAAAACCCACCCCUUCAGCACCAGCAACAUACUGCCCUGGAGGAUGUGAGGCCAAGCCCCUUGCCCCGGGUCUGAGCCAAUGAGAGUCCCCCGACCCAUUUGAACCCCACCCUCAGCAAAAACCACACAUAAACCCAACCCCUCCGCCUCAAAACCCACCCCCGUUUUUAUUAGGUCCAGUUAUUUUCUCCGUCUUCUGAUCUCUCUGUGCAUGGGUGUUGUUAGCCCAGGCUGAAAAACUACAGGGUCGCUUUCAAACCAGGUUUCUGUUGUUGUUUUAGUUUGUUCUGAUGCAACUGUCUGUGUUGUUAAUCACUGAGUGAUGUGUCUGGUGUUUCAGCAUGGACUCUGUCUCUACAGACUUUACUAGGAGAGAGGGAGGGAACAAGUGAGAGAGAGGGAAAGAGAGGGAGAGAAAGAGAGAGAGAGCAAGAGAUUGGGACAGUGACCAGAGAAAAGUGUGGAUAAGGACAGACCGAUUAGGUGAAGGAUAGGGAGAGAGAAGGAAAGAGAGAGCGGUUGAGGCAGACAGGGUGAAAGGCUACUGAUGGGAAGAAGAUUGUGAAUUCUGCAACAAGCCAAAUGAUGGACUGAUGGAAGUAAAAAUGGAACAAGGCCAUUCUAACACUCCAUCCUAGGGAGGAGAGGAGAAAUGGAACAAGGCCAUCCUAGGGAAGAGAUGAGAAAUGGAACAAGGCCAUCCUAACACUCCAUCCUAGGAAAGAGAGGAGAAAUGGAACAAGGCCAUCCUAACACUCCAUCCUAGGGAGGAGAGGAGAAAUGGAACAAGGCCAUCCUAACACUCCAUCCUAAGGAGGAGAGGAGAAAUGGAACAAGGCCAUCCUAGGGAGGAGAGGAGAAAUGGAACAAGGCCAUCCUAACACUCCAUCCUAGGGAGGAGAGGAGAAAUGGAACAAGGCCAUUCUAACACUCCAUCCUAGGGAGGAGAGGAGAAAUGGAACAAGGCCAUCCUAACACUCCAUCCUAGGAAGGAGAGGAGAAAUGGAACAAGGCCAUCCUAGGGAGGAGAGGAGAAAUGGAACAAGGCCAUCCUAGGGAGGAGAGGAGAAAUGGAUGGAACAAGGAGUGAACACUAAACGUCUCUGUUCUCUGAACAAGGAAACUAAAGAGUAAACAUAAAAGUAACCGAUGUGCAAUAUAUGGCAAGGGUACCUACUAAGACUAUAUAAACAUACACGCACACACACACACACUUUCUUCACUCGUUCGAACAAAACACAGCUCGUCUCUCCAUAGCCUAUGACAAACAUACACAUACAACUAGUUCUCACACCUAAAAUCACUUUUGUGUUUAUAAUUUUCAAGAUUUUUUGUUCUAUUUAAAGAGAAACAACAUCCCACUCCCGCAGUGACGUGUGUUUUAAAGCAUUUGUUUUAGGGAGCUGUAGUAGAAGAGGUAUGUUUGUACAGUAUUUAUGUUUUAGAUUUUAUUUCUGUCUUUUUACAGCACUUAAUUUAUAAAUGUGUUUUUCUCUCUUUCUUUACCCCAAAUAGAUGAUUUACAGGAGCUCUGACACACACACACACACACACACACACACACACAAACCAGUGCCCUCCGGUUCAGGGUGGUGAUAGUGUUUAAUCUCUCCAAGCCAAGAGAACUCCCCUACAAACCAUCUGGGGACAUCACCUUCAACCACUCCAACCAAAUGUAUCAGCAUUAGGCUAAUUCCCCCAUUGUGAGCCAAUGAAGAGGCUAACGGAUAAUCGGGCGCGACAGGUAGCAUAGCGGUUAAGAGUGUUGGGCCAGUAACCGAAAGGCCGCUGAUUCAAAUCCUCAUGCCGACCUAGGUGGAAAAAAAAUAUGUCGAUGUGCUUUGAACGAGGCACAAUCCUAAUUGCUCCUGUAUGUUACUCUGGAUAAGAGCGUCUGCUAAAUGACUCAAAUAUAAUCGGAUAACCUGGUCGUUUGAUACUCGUCUGCUGCUAGCUGUGUCUCUGUGUAGACGUAUAUUAGUGGAGCAACCUGUGUCUGUGUAAGUGCUCUGAAACUUUAGCCAAGUGUGGAAUUCUAGUUGGUUAUUCUAUCUGUGUUAUUGUGAUGUCAUAUUGGGUUGACUGUGGAACCAUGUGGAUGUCAUAUUGGGUUGACUGUGGAACCAUGUGGAUUUCAUAUUGGGUUGACUGUGGAACCAUGUGGAUUUCAUAUUGGGUUGACUGUGGAACCAUGUGGAUUUCAUAUUGGGUUGACUGUGGAACCAUGUGGAUGUCAUAUUGGGUUGACUGUGGAACCAUGUGGAUGUCAUAUUGGGUUGACUGUGGAACCAUGUGGAUGUCAUAUUGGGUUGACUGUGGAACCAUGUGAUGUCAUAUUGGGUUGACUGUGGAACCAUGUGGAUGUCAUAUUGGGUUGACUGUGGAACCAUGUGGAUUUCAUAUUGGGUUGACUGUGGAACCAUGUGGAUUUCAUAUUGGGUUGACUGUGGAACCAUGUGGAUGUCAUAUUGGGUUGACUGUGGAACCAUGUGGAUGUCAUAUUGGGUUGACUGUGGAACCAUGUGGAUGUCAUAUUGGGUUGACUGUGGAACCAUGUGGAUUUCAUAUUGGGUUGACUGUGGAACCAUGUGGAUGUCAUAUUGGGUUGACUGUGGAACCAUGUGGAUUUCAUAUUGGGUUGACUGUGGAACCAUGUGGAUUUCAUAUUGGGUUGACUGUGAAACCAUGUGGAUGUCAUAUUGGGUUGACUGUGGAACCAUGUGGAUGUCAUAUUGGGUUGACUGUGGAACCAUGUGGAUGUCAUAUUGGGUUGACUGUGGAACCAUGUGGAUGUCAUAUUGGGUUGACUGUGGAACCAUGUGGAUGUCAUAUUGGGUUGACUGUGGAACCAUGUGGAUGUCAUAUUGGGUUGACUGUGGAACCAUGUGGAUGUCAUAUUGGGUUGACUGUGGAACCAUGUGGAUGUCAUAUUGGGUUGACUGUGGAACCAUGUGGAUGUCAUAUUGGGUUGACUGUGGAACCAUGUGGAUGUCAUAUUGGGUUGACUGUGGAACCAUGUGGAUGUCAUAUUGGGUUGACUGUGGAACCAUGUGGAUGUCAUAUUGGGUUGACUGUGGAACCAUGUGGAUUUCAUAUUGGGUUGACUGUGGAACCAUGUGGAUUUCAUAUUGGGUUGACUGGAACCAUGUGGAUGUCAUAUUGGGUUGACUGUGGAACCAUGUGGAUGUCAUAUUGGGUUGACUGUGGAACCAUGUGGAUUUUAGAGCGAAGAUAUUUCUAUCCAUUAUAUUUCCACGGUCCCCCCCCCCCCCCCCCCCCACACACACACACACACUUCUGUUUCCACAGUAACUGCAUAGUACAUUUUUAUGAACACUACAUUGUAGAAAAUGAAGUGAAAGACGUCCAUGCUAGCUUUCAUGUUAAUCAAGUAACAAAAUGUAGUAGAAUAUCACUGUGGCAAAGACAUUCAGAAUUUAUCAUUCACACUUCUUCUAACCGUCAUAAUAAUUUCAUGCUGCCAUCCUAGUAAAUUUCAGUAAUUCUUGUAAGUAACCGUUCUGCCUGUGUGUGAAAGAAGUCUUUAUUGUGUAAUGUAAAUAUUGGUAUAUAUUGCCUUUUUUUCUGUAAAUAGUGCACCCACACGGUCCUCAAUUGUUGAUAUGAAUCGAAUGGCAUAUUUUUAUAUACUUGUGUGUGUGUUUUCUCCUCUGGCAUGCUCUGUCAGUCACGUUUAAAUUAUAACUGUCACAGAAUUACAAAAGAGACAAACUAGACGGAUUCUAUGGUCAUACUUCAGUUGUCAUGGUUACUUCACAGUUUCUUCCUGUAUCUGUUUCUGAUUCGUCACUGUUGGGUUCUUCUUUGGAAUUAAAUCAUGUCACUGGUGCCAGA